UCGACGGGCGGCCGGGAACCCGCGCUUCGCCACACUGACUACGCUCGCGCUGUUUACACCGACUUUUCCUAGUGCGUGCCUCUCGUGCCCGCUCCAGCGGCACGUGAUAGGCCGCUGCCGUUUUUUCCCGCUCGUUCGUCUCAGUGACAGCCGAAGUCGUUGACGACUCCUCUUCCCGCCACUUUCAAAUAAAAAACCGAGCAAACCGUUUGGCGCGAAAUGCCGACUCGCAAUCCGCCAAAGAUUAUCAGUGGCAGCCAAUAAACCUUUGCUAGUGAAGAUUAAGUUGUGAUUUUCGGUUCGGGUUCCUCUUGUUAGGUGUUAAUUCUAAAAAAAUGGAUGACUGGGAGCGACACGUGACUCCUUUGCUACAAGACAUGGGCUGCUCGAACGAGGAGGCUCAAGAUGACUUCUUUAAUCAACAGGAUCUGUUGGUCGGCGGAGGCAGCGGCAACGGCGGCGCAGCCACGUCGCCGGAUGGGGGCUCCAGCUCGGCGCCCCCGCUGUCCCCGGGCGGGUCGGGCGUUGCGGGCGGCGCGCUCUCGCCCGGCGCCGGCAGCCACGCCAGCACUCCGGCCGCCUCCUGCUGCGACACGCCGAGACCUAUCAUCACCGACCCGGUCUCGGGCCAGACCGUCUGCUCCUGCCAGUACGACGGCGCUCGCCUUGCCCUCACCUCCUAUCCGCGACUGUCCAGCGCAGCAGUCGGCGUCUACGGAACGCCUUACCCAUCUUCGGACCAGAACCCAUAUCCGAGCAUCGGCGUAGAUAGCUCUGCCUUCUAUUCUCCAUUGAGUAACCCGUACGCGUUAAAAGAGGGCGGUGGUGAGAUGUCGGCUUGGACGUCUGCGGGUCUGCAACCCUCGGGCGGCUACUACCCUUACGACCCCACGCUAGCUGCCUACGGAUAUGGAGCUGGGUACGAUUUGGCAGCCAGGAGGAAGAAUGCAACGCGGGAGUCAACCGCGACUCUGAAAGCCUGGCUCAACGAGCACAAGAAGAAUCCAUACCCGACCAAGGGCGAGAAGAUAAUGCUGGCGAUCAUAACAAAGAUGACGCUCACACAAGUGUCCACGUGGUUUGCUAACGCACGUCGUCGCCUCAAGAAAGAAAACAAAAUGACCUGGGAGCCGAAGAACAAAACUGACGAAGACGACGACACCAUGCUGUCAGAUGAGGAGAAAGAAAAAGACGAUCAAGAAGAUAAAAUCAAACCCCACAAAGAUGAGGAGAGGAAGAGCGAUGAGCUGCUGCAGGGUAUGCAUCAUCAGCUGCUCGGCUACGGGAUCAAAGAGGAAUCGAAACGUGGGCCUUCAGAUUGCGGAGUACCAAUACCUGCAUCAAAGCCGAAGAUUUGGUCGCUGGCAGACACAGCCGCGUGCAAGACACCCCCGCCGGCCGCCCAACCUUGGCCGCAGCACGCGUACGGACCGGGGCCCGAGCGCGCCGCACCCGUCGACGGCAGCGCUAACGGGUUCGCACUGCCAGCAACGGCCGCCAGCCCGGCCGGUGGGGCUUACGGCCGCUACGGAGGCUUCCCCAGUGGGCAGUACGGCCAGCAUCCGUGUGUACAUCCCGCGGCAUUCCCCGAUGUACAAACCGAUACGCCGCCGCAGACACCGCCCAACAUGAAAGUACCAAGCGUCGCGAACCCUCUUGGCAGCGGCGGCUCCGGCUACUGCUUCCCAAGGCACCAGCAGUCGCCGCAGCGUGAUCCUUAUCAUAACCCCCACCACGCUAAUAAUCAUCAGCCCAACCAGCCACAUCAUAACGAAGGCUCAGCCGCAUUUAAGCCGUUUUAUAAAAGCUCGCACUACUCCAACGGUUUCGUGUCAGCCGUCUGAACGCGGACCGCGCGCCACUUGCGGUAAAGCACGUGCAAUCUGGGUCGCAACUUUGCCCAUAAACCCUUAGGGACUAUCGAAUUUUCACUGUGGCAAAAGUGUAUGUUUCCUUUAUAAGAUCUAUCAAGCAAAUUUGUUUUCGAGAUAUGUUUGUCAAUUUCU